UGGAGAGAAAUCGAACUUGCCUUUCUCUCAUCCCUCUAUUCUUUACCCCCAAAACCCCUCCUUAUAUAUUUGUCCCAGCUUUGAAAUCUUUAAACAAACCUCAGCUUUCAAAAGUCAACAGCGUCUCUACUGAAUCCUUCUCGCGCUUCACCGGCCUCAUUCCUGAAUACGUUCUUGUUGCAGAGAGUUCUCCUUUGUGGCCAAAUGGGUAGUGAAAGCCAUCAGCUUCACAUUUUCUUCUUCCCCUUCAUGGCUCCGGGCCACAUGAUCCCAAUGAUCGACAUGGCCAAAAUGUUCGCCAUGAGAGGCUGCAAGUCCACCCUCAUCGCCACCCCCCAUGACGAGCCCACCUUCUUGAGAUCCAUCGCGAAACCCAAGGAUUUGGGCUUCGACAUCAAUGUCGUCACGGUGACAUUGCCCCUGAAAGAUGUCGGCUUGCCAGAAGAUUGUGGCAGUCUGAGCAAGAUCACUACGAUGGAAAUGCGCAUGACAUUUAUGAGAGCUGUCAUGAUGCUCGACCGACAGAUCGAGCUGCUGAUAGAGAAACUCGCCCCCGAUUGUCUGAUCUCAGACAUAUUCCUCCCCUGGACAACCGAGAUUGCAGCCAAGUUCGGCAUUCCUAGGCUCGUUUUCCAUGGGACGAGUGCCUUCUCCAUGGCGGGGAUAGAAUGUGUGAGGCUCUAUCAGCCUCACAAGAAGGUGUCCUGCGAUUCAGAGCCCUUCAUCAUUCCCAACUUCCCCGGAGAAAUCACAUUGUGCAAGAUGCAAAUGCAGGACUUGGUCAGGGAAGAGAACGAGCUCGCCAAGUUCUUCAACGCGGUGAAGGAUUCAGAGAAGACGAGCUUCGGAGUCGUCAUGAACAGCUUCUACGAGCUCGAGCCGGCUUACGCUGACCAUUACAGGACAUUCCUCGGGAUACGAUCCUGGUUUGUCGGCCCUCUCUCGCUGUGCAAUAAGGAGACCGAGGACAAAGCACACAGGGGCAACGAAGCAUCCAUUGACCAGCACGAGUGCCUCAAGUGGCUUGACUCGAAGCAACCCAACUCAGUGAUCUACAUUUGCUUCGGAAGCACGACGAAUUUCAAUGCUGCUCAGCUCCACGAGAUCGCUGUCGGACUAGAGGCAUCAGGGCAACAGUUCAUCUGGGUGGUGAAGAAGGACCCUAAUGCGGAAGAGGGCAAAGAAGAGUGGUUGCCUGAUGGGCACGAAUCAAGAAUCCGAAACAAGGGCCUCAUCAUCAGGGGCUGGGCUCCUCAGGCGCUGAUUCUCGAUCAUGAGGCGACCGGGGGGUUUGUGACGCAUUGCGGGUGGAACUCAAUCCUGGAGGCGGUCGCGGCCGGUGUGCCAAUGGUGACAUGGCCGGUUGCAGCAGAGCAAUUCUACAAUGAGAAGCUCGUGACCCAAGUGCUCAAGAUUGGGGUCGACAUUGGGGUGAAACAGGGGGUCAUCUCGUUCGGCGACAGCGUGAAAAGCGAGAGAGUGGAGGAAGCAGUGAAGAGAGUCCUGGUGGGUGAGGAAGCAGAGGAAAUGAGAAGGAGAGCGAAAGCACUUGCAGAGAUGGCGAGAGGGGCUGUGGAAGAAGGUGGGUCUUCUUGGUCUGAUUUGGGUGCUCUGAUUCAAGAGCUCAAAUCGCACAGAUUGGCUCACACUAAGAAGAUCUGAUUCAUGACCUGGAGCAAUCAAUCUUGAACUUUUGCUUCAAGAGAAUAAAACUGAAGAAGUGGAAGUCUUCUUUUUUUGUUUCUUUUGUGGUUUAGCAGUAGAGAGAAAUGCUGGAUUUGCUGCUUCUUUUCAUGGGAUUUUGUUGUGAUCAUUUAAUGUGUAGGAUGUGAGCUCGUUUCUUUAGCUCUCGAAUUCUUUGUGCCGAUGAAAUUAAGUCCGUCUGAUGGUUUGCAAUCUCAAUGGCGAGAUGCCCUGCUUACUUUCCCUUUUGCUGAAUAGUCUGUCCUUGAGACUCAGCAGGUGAAGAGACCUUUGCAACUUCAUAUUCCACAUCAACAGAGAGUGAAAGGAAAGGAAGAAGGGCAAAAAUUAAAAAGACAAGAAGAGGAUGACAAACUCAACCUUGUCAGUCGUCAAAUGUUAAUGACAUUCGCCUGUUGCAUGAUCUUGUGAGAUGUAUAAUUUUUUUUUUCUUUUUUGGCGCAGUGAGAUGUCUAUAA